AUGAUUUUGACUCCACGUGUUAUAAAUGGUGAAAUAUUUGACGGCGCUUAUUAUUUGGCCCAAGCACCGUCAAAUAUUCUCGCAUCUCAACCUCAUUUCCCGCAUCUCCUUUCUGCUUCCCCUAACAACAACCAUAUUCUCGAAAUCACUCUCAUUUCUGUCCAAGAUCUAUCUCCCGUAUGCAAAUCCCUUCGUACAUAUGCCCUAACUUGGGUAAAUCCCAAUCGUAAACGCACCACCCAUGUUGACAAUCAAGGUCACAACAAUCCCAAUUGGAAUGACAAGUUCUCGUUUUGUGUAGACGAAUUCCUUAAAUCUGAAUCCUCAGCUGUUCAUGUUGAAAUUUACACCGUUUCAUGGUUUCGCGAUAUUCUUGUAGGAACUGUUAAAGUUAUUCUCAAAAAUCUCAUCAAUCGUUUCGAUAACAACACCAACAAUCACAACAAAAAAUUUGUAGCUCUUCAAAUCCGUCGUCCUUCUGGUAAUCCACAAGGAAUACUCAAUAUAGGUGUAGCUAUUAUUGACAAAUCAAAACGGAGUAUGCCUCUAUUCAAUGAAAUUACGCCUUUAUCAUUGGAUCAUAGAGACAUUUUAGACAGGAUCAAUGAUAUUAAUGCUCAAGAUCAAAUGAUCAACAACGAUGACAACAAUCAAAACGAUGAGAAAUUGCGAAUAAAUGACAAAAUUCAAAUGUAGUAAUCACAUAGCCUAGGUUAUUCAGAGGUUAACAACGGAGAAUUUCCCAAUCAAGCACGCUCAAUCAUAAACGGAACAGGAACAACGAGGAAGAACACGGAGGAAAACAGACGAAGGAUUGUAUUCAUGAUUUGGAAAUACAUAUUGUUUCGAAUUCACAAUUGUAUGUGGAUCAGGUAA